UAGUGGCAACUGAUUGAAAUGUUAGAGCCAGUAACGGUGUAAAACAAAACCAAAGUAAAGCCCUAAACUCAAAAUUCAGCAACUUACCUUGGAAACAUGGCUUCUAUCCCUCUCCUCCUCCGCUCCACCUUCCUCAAACCCCAACCCCAAACCCUAACCCAAACUCACCAGCGACAAUUCUCCCCUCUCCCAAUCCUCAAAACGAAAAGAAUCCCCCAAAACGGCACCGUAUCGACCCGAACAACAACGUGCUCAUACACAUCACCGCCACCAACAGAACGGUUAAUCUCAAUCGCCGCAUACACGCUCCCAUUCUUCAACUCACUCCAGUACGGACGGUUCAUCCUUUCCGCAAACCCCAACCUCGCCGUGCUCUUCGACCCACUCUUCCCUCUUUACUCGCUCUACCGCUCUCUCCCAUACGCCUCCUUCAUCGCCUUCUUCGCUCUCUACCUCGGAAUCGUGAGGAACACCUCGCUCUCCCGCUAUGUGAGGUUCAACGCAAUGCAGGCCGUGACGCUCGACGUUCUCCUCGUGGUGCCGCUUCUCAUUCAGCGCAUCCUCGCUCCCGGUCGAACCGGGUUAGGGUUCCAGGUCAUGGUGUGGUCCCACAACGCUCUCUUCGUUUUUAGUGUUGUGUGUUUUGUUUACAGUGUGGUUACUUGUGUUGUGGGCCGAACUCCCACCUUGCCUUUCGUUGCUGAUGCUGCUUCACGGCAAAUCUGAGCCGUUGCUUUUGUUUCUUUCUUUGUUAACUUUGACUUUAAUGCCAAUGCAAUCAAAUGAAUCAUCUUCAAA